AUGGAUGAAGAAGCCAAAGACCCAUUGAUUUUGGGAAGACCUUUCCUUGCCACUGCUGGAGCUAUAAUAGACGUGAGAAGAGGCAAGAUUGAGCUGAAUUUGGGUCAAGACUGCAAGAUGGUGUUCAAUCUAGCCGAUGACUAUUUGGAGGACCUGAGUGUUGAGGAUAAGCUACAGCUAGCUCUGACUAAGGAUAACGAGAAACAGAGAGCAAUCCGGGAUGAUAAUCGGGUUGAGAACCUGUUUGCUCUAGAUUCUAAACCGAGAGAGGAGAGCUCUCAAGAGCAGAGCACAAACGAUGACUGGUCCGAGCUAAAGGCUCCCAAGGUCGAUCUUAAACCUCUCCCAAAGGGGCUCAGGUAUGCGUUCUUAGGCCUAACUCCACAUACCACAUAUCGCGUCAUUGUCAAUGAUGCAUUAACCCCUCAUGAGCUUGAAACCCUCCUUGUUGAGCUGCGAAAGUAUAGGAGAGCUCUUGGAUAUUCGCUGGACGAUAUCAAGGGUCUCUCCCCUAAUCUAUGCACUCACAGGAUCCAUCUUAAAAAUGAAUCAAAGGGGUCUAUUGAACAUCAGCGUAGGCUAAAUCCCAGUCUUAAAGAAGUAGUAAAGAAAGAGAUCUUAAAGCUUCUUGAUGCAGGAAUCAUCUACCCUAUUUCGGACAGUACUUGGGUUUCACCAGUACAUUGCGUCCCGAAAAAGGGUGGGAUUACUGUCAUCAAGAACGAAAAGAAUGAAUUGAUCCCAAGUAGGACAAUAGUCGGACAUAGAAUGUGCAUAGACUAUCGUUCCAAUCCAUCCAAACGACCAGAAAAAGACCACUUUUACAUGUCCAUACGGCACCUUCGCCUAUCGGAGAAUGCCGUUUGGAUUAUGUAA